UGUUUGUGUUGAAGAAGGUAAUUGAAACCUAUUUUAGCAGCGAAGUUAUUGGUUAUCGCUGUAUACUUUAUAAAUUCUUUCUUUUUUUCAUUACUGUUAGAGACCAAAGAAAAGGUUUUGUUGUUUUUUUUAUUUGGAGAGCUUUUUAUAUUCAAGUAUAUUAUUCUUAUAAUAUGACUAGACACGCAAGAAAUUGUACUGCUGGAGCAGUUUACACGUAUCAUGAGAAGAAAAAGGACAAUAAAGCUGGUGGUUAUGGUACCAUUCAAAACAGAAUUGGUAAGGACUCGGUUAAAGAUUUUGAUUGUUGUUGUUUAACUUUACAACCCUGCCGAAAUCCAGUUGUUACACCAGAUGGAUUCUUAUAUGACAAAGAAGCCGUUUUUGAAUACAUAAUACACCAGAAGAAAGAAAUUGCAAGGCGAAUGAAAGAAUAUGAGAAACAAAAGAUGAAAGAACAAAAAGAAAUGUCAGAUUUAGCCAAAGCUGAAGAAGAAUCUCGCGCCCAGAAAUUCAUCGAAAUGGAAAAAAGCAUCGUCUCCAAGCCAAUAGCAUCAACUUCAUCAGAUUCUGCAUCAACAAGUAGUAUAUCAAAUGUAACCAAUGGAAGAGAAAAAGUUCUGCCAAGUUUCUGGAUUCCUGCUCUCACCCCUGAUGCCGAAAAAGUAAAAAUGAAGAAGCCUGAAAAAUCAGUUCUGUGCCCAAUGAGUGGGAAACCAUUGAAAGCAAAAGAUCUGAUUCCUGUAAAAUUUACAGAAGUGAAAGAUCCAGAAGAGAAAAAAGCCUUGAUAGCAAGAAAGGUUCGUUAUAUGUGUGCUGUAACACAUGAUAUUCUUUCAAAUUCCAUUCCUGCAGCUGUUCUACGUACUUCUGGAAAUGUUGUGACCAUGGAAUGUGUUGAGAAACUUAUCAAAAAAGAUAUGAUUGAUCCAACAAAUGGACAAAAAUUAACAGAUGCUGACAUUAUACCUCUUCAGCGAGGUGGCACUGGUUAUGCCAGCACAAAUGAAAAAUUAGAUGCAAAAAUGAAAAAGCCAGUCAUGAUGGCUUAAUAUUGUAAAAUUAUUAUCACUUUCUGUACAUCUUGUAUUUUUAGCAUUAGAUUUAAUUGUAAAUAUUCUGUUAUGUUCUUAAGAUAAUAGAUUAUCUUAUUUUUAAUUAUAAUUUUUUGUUAUUACUCAUUUUCUAAAAAUAUUAACUUACUGUAAAUGGAUCAGGGAUCUGAUAGCAUAUAUCUAAUCAGAUUUCAAGAUUUUUUGUUUAUUUUAAAAAGAAUAAGGUAUUGAAAAUGAUUAAAUUUAUCUAAAAUGGUUAUAUUAAAGUUAUUAAAUGUGCUAUAUAAGUUGGAUGUAGGAAUUGAAAAUAAAUUUACUAUGUUAAUUUUUUAAUGUCCAUUAUUAAAUUUUUCAAAAUAUAAUUCAGUAAUACAUGUAAUUAGGGUAUAAAGAACAUUGUUAUUUCUCAACAUUGUUUAAAAUGUCUAUUUAUUUAAUAUGAUUACUCUAAAUUUCUAAAUAUUUUCCUCAUUAUAUAUCAUAAUAAUUUUUUGAAUUGAUGUUAAUGCACCAUCAUAAUUAUAUAUUAUUUAAUAAAGUGACAAUAGUAAAACUUAAAUGCCCUUUUUGCAUAUGAAACUUUCUUAUUGGUUGUUAAUAAUGCAUCUAAGUUAUUGUUGUGAGAUUUCAUAUCUCAGUUCAUAAUUUUUUUAUAUAUAAAACUAAGAUUGGGGUAUAAUUAUUUUGAUAUUUAUUAAAUAUUAGUAUGAAUUAGUUUUGAGGGCAUGGAAUUUUUGGAGAAAUAUAUAAAAUUAAAAACUGGUAUCAAAUGUGAUGGACUUCUACUAAUACUUGCAAACUUCUACUAAUAAUAAAAGAGAAUAUAUGUAUAUGUUGUCAAUCUACAAGGCAUACCAAUUGACUUAAAGCUAUCAAAUUUUACACAAGCAUUCUUUGGAGAACAGAAAUUCACAUCUCGGAGCAUUUAAAAAAAAAAAUUAAUUAAAAACUGUGAGAUUUUAAUAUUUUUCUGCAACAAAAAGAUUAUAACACAAAACUUAUUUUUAUAUCGUUUAAAUAAUUGUCUUUUUAACGAUAUCAAUUUACUUGCCAUGCAAUUUUUAUCCUGAAUUUUAAUAAUAUUUUAAAAAUUUUAUUUCAUUACUUUCAAUAAUAGAUUUUAUUGUUGCAAAAAUUCGAAUUAUUUUUAUUGUUUCAUCAAAAUAUUUAAUCAUAUUAUUUUCUUCCAUUAUUAAAAAUUAAGAAAGGUGGAUUCUACUUAUCACAGUUUACAUGAGAAAUGAUAAAAAAAAAACUGCUGUAAUGUUACUUGAAAAGAAAAUUAGCAAUUUAAAAUAAAUUACUCAGUCAAUAGUUUUUAAUGAUAUUAGGAUGAUCAUAGGAAUUCGCCUCUGUUAAACAACUUCUUCCUUUGUUGGGAGAAUCAUAAAACUAUGCAUAAGAUAUUUAAUUUAAAUUAAGUACAGCAAAUAUUCCCAGGGAACCAUUUUGUUACUAAAGAGGUUUAGUAGUAAAUAAAUGGAAAUAUUAUAUAUUUUAAUUUUUUUUUCCAAACUAUGGAAUCUUUUAGUGUAGUAUUUAUGAUAUAUAUUUUUUACUAUAGGCUGUGAUAAUGAAUAAAGAAAUAUACUAGAAGCAGUUAAAAGCCUUAAAAUCAAUCAGAAACUUAAGGAUAUCAUAUAUAUUGACUGGAAAAGAAUAUGUAUUAAUAACAAAGAAAUUAUCUAAACUCUUUGGGUAAACUAACGAAUAUAGUGCAAAAACUAAACUGUAAUUUCUUAUAGGCAAAAAAUUGUUAAAGUACAGCCUGACUGUAGUUGAUAUUUGGUAUGUUUUCUAUUGUUUAGCAUAUAUAUAUUGGCAAAAAAAUUAUUGGUACUGUAUGCUUUAGUUUUACCAACUUUUCAUGUAGAAACUAUUUAUUUUAGUGGAUUUAUUUCUUUUUUAAUAUCAAUAAACAAGUGGUACUUCAAAAAUAAAACAAGGAAUGUGUUUUAAAAGCUGACUUAAGUCAAAAUGACCAUCUGUUGAAUUUUGUCGAGCAUAUCAGCAGCAUAUAACAAAGAGGGAUGAUAUAAUUGCACCUUGUAUUUCUAUAAAAUGAAUAUCUGAAUUGUAUUAUUAAGACUUAACAUAUUUUCUAUCUAAAUCUGAUAUGUUUGUAAGUAACUUAAAGAUAUUAUGAAUAAAUUUUAGGUUGAAAAUCAACCAGGGGAAUCAUGAGUCUUUUAAGUCAUGUGGAAUUUUAAAAAAGAAUUAUUUAAAAAGUAAAGUGUAGGAAAUGGAAA